UGCAUCAAUUUGCUUUGUAAAAUUAAAUAUUUAACUAUCUAAAUGAAAUUUUAAUACACAUAAAAUUAUUGUCGAUGCUAAAUACAUAUAUUUUAAAAUAGUAUUUGAAUGAUUGUGAGACACCAAAAUGGAAGCGAAGAAAGAAACUGUUAUGUAUUCGCAACUCCAACCAUGGAGUACAGUAGGUGUAUUACCUUGUAUGGAACAAAUUGCUGGUCCACCAAUUUCAAUCAGAGUUGGAGAAUUUUAUAAAACUCCGAAACCACAUCCUUGGCGACCUACUUUAGGAUAUGAAACGGUAGAAGCAGCUCCUUUACCUGCACAGCCGAUGACAAACUUACUUAGCAAUACUUGUUACACGCCGAAUGGUAUGGCUACAGAACCAUUGCGAUUUCCAAAUCUAGUGACCGGUUUUGAUCGAAAUCCUGCACACGGAGCACGAGCUGCACUCUAUACAAGAUACGGUCCAUACGAAUGGGUGCAAAAUCAGCUUAGGCUUUACAAUGAAUCAGAUAGCAAUAGAAACUUUUCUGAAAAUUUGCGACAGGACACCAUUCGGAUGAUGCGAGAAGCCGAUGAGAAAGUACAAAACGGUCAAACCGAAACUGGUCGUAAAUUGGGAGAAAGAAUUACAGAUACUACAUUUUGGAGAAACGAGGUAGCUGCAGAAUUAGAACGAUUAAUAAUGGAAAAUAUAAAGAUGCAAGAAUGUCGUCGAGGUUUACAAACUGCAAUACAAAGUUUAGAGGGUCAAUUGCACAUAGCGCAAGAAUGUCUAUAUUAUCGUGAAGCGAGGACAGGUUCUGACUUGGUACACGACCAAGCUGAAGAUGCUCUUCUAAAAGAAGUGGAAGUAGUUAGAAAUUGUCAAAAUAAAUUAGAACAUUUCACUGCUAAAUGCAUUAAUCAACUUACAAAUAGUAGGGCAGUACAAAAUCAAUUAGAAAUUGACAUAAGAAAUAAAGAAUCUGCGCUUGGUAUUGAUAUUACGUGUCACCAGAUGAACAACUACAGUCGCGGAUUGAAAUAUUAUGGUGGUAUUGAAAAAUAUGAUCCUAGCGUUACAGAAGCUGAAUCUUGGAUGGAAGCCUCCAAUAGUGUAGUAAAAAAAUCACAAGCAGAAAGGUCAAAAUCAAAUCAAUUGCGAAGUGACAUUGAAAUCGCAAUAGAUGCGGUUGGACAUGAAAUGUGGGAAGCAUGGGGUAAUACGAAUAAUGCUUUGGCCAGAAGAGCUGCAGAAAUGCUGGAAGCUAAAGAGAAAUUACAAAUACAUUUGCACAAAACUCAACAAGAAAUCUUUGAAAUUGAAAAAAAUUUGCAAUUAAUACAAAAAGCUAUUGCUGACAAAAGUUCGGCGCUAAAAGUUGCACACACGCGUCUAGAGAGUCGAACGCAUCGACCCGAAGCAGAGCUGUGUAAAGAUUACGCACAGAUUAGAAUGGUCGAGGAAGUUGAAACCAUAAAUUUUAUGAUAAACGACAUGAAUUUAAAACUGCAGAGAUUCGAAGCACAACAUCAACAACUUUUACGUACCAGAUCCAAUUUAGAAACCGAUUUAAAAUCUAAAGUUGAUGCAUUGUUUAUUGAUAGAGAAAAAUGUAUGGGUAUGCGAAGAAGUUAUCCAAUUGCAUCGGUUAUAAAGUUUUAAAUUACACGUACUUAUUGAAACGUGAAGUACUUAUAUU